AUGGUCCUCGCCGACCAAGUCCACCGAGCACCACGCCUAUCCCGAGAUGAACGCAGACCACAGCGAGAGAGGGUUGCAGGUCCAUUCUCUGGAAUGAACAGGAGGGUAGCCAAUUUUGACCCAACCCGCGCGCCGACGAGAGCCCGUUCCGGCGAUCGCAAGUCGACUCAAGAGGAGGGCAGAAGGCGGCCGCAGGAUGAUAGAAAGGCGCUCAAGAUGCAGCGCGCCUUGGCUUCGGUUUCGUACAACAAGCGCACGUCGCUGAAAGAGAAGAUGCAGAGCUACGAGUCGUUUGAUCAGUUUGAUCUCCUCCCAGUUCUGAAAACGGCUGUUGUCGACGAGGUAUUCGCAGGAUUGGUGGAUAUUCGCCCAACGCCGGUACAGCGACUAGCAAUUCCCGCCCUGCUGGGACAAAGAGAGCCAGGAGAGAAAAGGGUUGGGCAUGAGGGGCAAUCUUCGUUCUUGCUGGCAGCAGAGACGGGAUCGGGCAAAACCCUCGCCUAUCUACUGCCUGCCAUUGAUGCGCUGAAGGCGGCCGAAGCACAAGAUACGGAGAUUCAAGCCUACAAAGAGCGAGCAGAAGUAGAGAGGCAGCGUCAAAAGGCUGCGGAUUUCAAAGGAAAGCCUUUCGAGGAGCCUCAUCCCACCAUGGCCAGGCCCAAGGUCAUUGUCUUGGUUCCUACGGCGGAGCUGGCUCACCAGGUUGGACUUGUUGCCAAGAAGCUGUCGCAUGUGACGAAGUUUAAGACGGAGAUACUGUCAUCCAAUCUCAAACCUCAACAGAUCCAGCGAAACCUGUACGGACCAAAAGGUGUCGAUGUCGUCAUCUCAACACCUCACCUGCUGGCUUCGAUUGCAGAUUCCGAUCCCAACAUCCUCUCUCGAGUGUCCCAUUUGAUCAUUGACGAAGCGGAUUCGCUGUUCGAUCGAAGCUUCUCUGCCGUCACUUCUAGCAUCGUCGAGCGUUCAUCGCCCUCAAUGAAGCAACUCAUCUGUUGCUCAGCAACAAUUCCGAGAAAGUUGAACAAUUAUCUGGCAACCAACUAUCCCAAGAUGAUCAGAAUCACCACACCAAACCUCCACGCUAUCCCCCGACGUGUUCAACUUGGUGUCAUUGAUGUCUCAAAGGAUCCCUAUCGCAACAACAAAGACCUUGCGUGUGCCGACGUCAUCUACACAAUCGGAAGAGAGGCUUCUCAGCACGAAAAUCUGGCCAAGGAUGAAAUUGACGUCCGCAGAGUCAUGGUUUUUGUCAACGAGCGAGAAAAGACAGAGCAGGUUGCAGAGUAUCUUCGCUCAAAGGGCAUUGACGCGCAGGCACUGCACAGAGACACUCCCGAGAAGCGCCACGGCGAAGUUCUAGAGACCUUUACAACAGCUGAGCCGCUACGAAUCAUUGCAUCGCCGAAUCCAUCCCGCCACCGGUCCUUGACUAACGUCAAGGCUCUGGUAGUGACUGACUUGGCGUCUCGAGGCAUUGAUACUCUGGCUGUUCGACACGUCAUCCUGUAUGAUGUGCCUCACACCACCAUUGACUUUAUCCACCGCCUAGGCCGUGCUGGAAGAAUGGGACGACGAGGAAGAGGCAUUGUUCUUGUGGGUAACGACGACAGAAGAGAUGUCGUUGCGGAUGUGAAGAAGAGCAUGUUUAUGGGCCAGGCGCUCAUUUAG